AUGUUAAAUUAUACUGAUAAAAUAAAUAUUAGAAAAAUUUUUAAACUACCAUUCCAUGUAGGGAUCAGACAACAGUUAAUGAUGCUAGUUUUGAUGGUAGCGUUAUGUUCUUUGAUCAUAUUGUCUGUUAUCACAGGUAUAUAUUUCACUGCAAAUUAUAAAUCACUACGGGCCGAUAGAUUAUAUGUUGCAGCCCAACUAAAAUCAUCUCAGAUCGAUCAAAAUUUAAAUUAUUUAUAUUACCAAUGUUAUUGGUUGAGCGAGAGAGCGGAAAUAGAAAAUGCCUUGAUAAGUUAUAGAGCAGGCAACACUUCAUCCUCCAACUGGGAGGAAUCAUUAGUAAUUUUGGAAAAGUUUUUGGGAUCUUCGGAUUUGUUUACUAAUGUACAGUUGUACGAUUCGAACUAUCAAGGUGUUUUGAACAUCACAAACAAUGGAAGUGGGAACUUGAUACCCUCUCAUGUUUUAACUGAACUAUUUCCCCUAUCAGAUGAUAUAGCAGUGCCGUCUUCUCUAAUAAGUGCAGGUAUUCUUACAGAUCCUGUUUUAAACGGGAGUAAUUAUUUGAUGUCCAUGUCCUUGCCCGUUUUUGCUAGUGUUUCAGUUUUAAUACCGACAUCCCAGAUAUUUGGCUAUAUAACAAUUGCUAUGUCUGCAGAUGGGUUGAAGAGCGUAUUUAAUGACACAACAGCUUUGGGGAAAUCUGAUGUAUCAAUUAUUUCUGCCUUGUACACAAAUGGCACACUUACAAACUAUCACUAUAUUUUCCCGCCAAGCGGAUAUUCGAGUAGCAUUAUUAACCUGAGUUUUCCCAUCCCCAAUGGUUCCUUUAUUCAAACCGCAUUCACAUCAUCCAAUGGUGGCUCAUUGAAAAAGACACAUUUAUUUGCAGGGCAGUCGGUAGCUGCUGGCUACUCAAAAUGUUCUUUUAAAUUAGUCAACUGGGCAGCAAUCAUAACACAACCAGAAGACAUUUUUCUUUCACCUUCAAUAAAAUUAACAAAAAUUAUAAUUGGUGUAGUUAUAGGUAUAGCAGUAGUAAUGUGUCUUAUUAGUUUCCCAUUAGCAGUUUGGGCAGCGAAACCAAUUAUUAGACUUCAGCAGGCCACAGAGAUAAUUGCAGCUGGUAGAGGUUUAAAAUCGUAUCAUGGACACACCCCUUCUUUGAGCAAUGACGGAAGUAACUCAAGCAGUAAUCACAAAAGGAAUAGUUUUGGUGGCUCUUUAGGGUCAUUGGCACAUGGUAAAUUGACUACUGAAAAGCUACAUUUAGAUACAUUUAAUAAUGAUAUCCCUGAUGGAGGCAGUGUAAAUUAUUCUUUGAACUCCAUGAAAACGCACAGUCCAAGUUUAUCGAGGAAAAGAAGUGGUUCAAUACAAAACAGAUCUCAACUGCUUAUCAAUGCACGAGUUCCAGUCUACAGGAGACUAUUUUCAGAUGAACUUUCAGAAUUGACGGAUACUUUUAAUACCAUGACCGAUGAAUUAGAUAGACAUUAUGCUUUGCUUGAAGAUAGGGUACGAGCAAGGACAAAACAAUUAGAGCACGCAAAGAUCGAGGCUGAGUCUGCAAACGAGGCCAAAACUGUUUUUAUUGCAAAUAUCUCUCACGAAUUGAGAACGCCUUUGAACGGUAUCCUAGGUAUGACAGCUAUUGCAAUGGCCGAAAAGGAUAUGGAUAAAGUGCAGAAUAGUUUAAAGCUAAUUUUCCGGUCCGGCGAAUUGUUGUUACACAUUCUUACUGAAUUAUUAACAUUUUCGAAAAACGUUUUAAAAAGAACUAAAUUGGAGGAGAGAGACUUUUUGUUAGAAGACGUUGCAUUACAAAUUAAAUCCAUUUUUGGCAAGUUGGCAAAAGAUCAACAUGUCAAAUUGUCCAUAUUAAUAAUACCAAACAGAGUCAGAAUCAUGGAGCUUUGGGGCGAUUCAAACAGAAUUAUCCAAAUAGUAAUGAAUUUGGUGUCUAAUGCUUUGAAAUUUACUCCGAUAGACGGGAAAGUUGAUGUCAGAUUUAAGUUACUGGGUGAGUAUGAUGAAGUAAAAAGUAAGCAAGAAAAUUACAAGGAAGUUUACAUAAAAUCUGGCACAGAACUUAAUACCACUGGUAAUUUUCAAAUACAUUUAGAAGAGUUAGGUACUAAAAAUAAUAUUGGAACAGAAAUAAAUGAUACUUCAUCGUUGUUUUCAUCUUCAAGUAGCUCAUAUGAUGAUAUGAUAUUCACAUCCCAAUUCAAGAAACCAGUAUCUUCCAGAGUUGAUGAUGCUAAGAGUAAUGAAAUUAAAUUUGAUGAAAAGGACCAACGGACUUGGGUGAUAGCAGUAGAAGUUGAAGAUACUGGACCAGGUAUAGCGGAAUCUUUACAAGAGUCGGUUUUUAAACCCUUUGUUCAGGGAGACCAAACACUUUCCAGACAGUACGGUGGUACCGGUUUGGGGUUAUCAAUUUGCAGGCAGUUAGCAUCAAUGAUGAAAGGUACAAUGAAAUUAGACUCUAAAGUGGAUCAUGGAAGCAAAUUUACCUUUACACUUCCUCUAAGACAAACUGGUGAAGUAAUCUUGGAUGAAGAUCAUGCAAAGUUUGAGGAUGAGUUUAAUCCUUGCAGCAAGUUUAAUAGAAAGGUUAAAUUCAAAAUGGCCAAUAAAAUCAUCACCAAUGAAAAAAUACCAAACAAAAGUACUGAAAGGUUUAUGGAAAAUGAAACUGACGGUGAAAGUGUGUUUAAACGCAAGAAUAGCAAUAGUACGGAUAAAACGCAUCUUGCCAAUAUCAGCAGCACUAGCGCUGUUAGUUUUCGAAACCAAGAUUCAGAGUCCACAGAUGAUUAUUCGUUCGACGUUAAUUCCAAAAUAUCAAACAAGAAUAAUAAAACUGUUGGUACGAUAAGAGUUGACAGACCCUUUUUACAAAGUACUGGCACAGCUACGUCAUCCCGCAACGUUUUAAUCCCAAACACUGCUGGUAGUAGAAUGAGUGAUCGAAAUGAGGAACAUAAAAAGGAAACAAAGGGGGAUGUAUCGCGAGAGGCGAGUACAAAAAUAUUGGUUGCUGAAGAUAAUAACGUUAACCAAGAAGUUAUAAAAAGGAUGUUGAAGUUAGAAGGGUAUACCAAUAUUGAUUUGGCAUGUGAUGGAAGGGAAGCAUUUGAAAAAGUAAAAGAAAUUUUAGAUCUUGCCAAGCAUUACGAUAUUAUAUUUAUGGACGUGCAAAUGCCUAAAGUUGAUGGGUUGGUAUCUACCAAAAUGAUUAGGAACGAUUUACACUAUAAUUACCCUAUUGUUGCCUUGACUGCCUUUGCUGAUGAUAGUAAUAUAAAGGAGUGCUUGGAUUCCGGAAUGGAUGGCUUUUUAUCUAAACCAAUUCAAAGAGCUAAACUACAAAGAGUUUUGAGGGAGUUUUUAACGGAAAAUAAGCCUGAAUAA